AUGCGUGCUGUUCUUCUUAGUGGUAUGUUUUUCCUGUUGGUGGCAAAUGGGAUGCCACAGGCUGGCGACCCUGUGGCCAAUGGCCUUAUUGAAACCACUUGCAUGACCCGUUUCACCACCAAGUCGACGACGGCGUGGACGACUUCUAAUUUUAAAACUGUUACACUUGAACCUAUAUUGAUCGUGAUGGAGACGCCGACAGUAACAGAAACACCCGAACCUACCACCGUCACCGAAACGAAUAUUGUCACUAAAACCUCUACAAUGUCGGAGACGAACGCAUUCACCGAAACUGCAUCUAUCACAUCGACGAUCACGGCUACAUCAACUUCAACAAGUGCAGUCACCUUGUCCGUCACCUCCACCACGACACUCGAGACCUCGACGACAACUCUCGAUCCCCCACCAAAUUUCAUCUACCCGAGUCCCAAUCCACUUUUCCGGAAGCGAGAUACUAGGGAGCCUGAAAAACCCCACGAAGUGCGAAACGGUUUCAAAAAUGGCACGGUUGACGGGGGGAGGCAGGGAUACCGGAGGGCAGAGCGACAGUACCCUUACAACGUCAUCUGUGAUAUUGUAGUGGAAUACAUAAUCCCUGAAGUAGUCACCAAAACAGCCAAGCGGACAAACACCAUCCGAGGUCCAACACCAACCACCAUUUUGACGACACAAUCGACAACAACGAUAACCGUGAACAUUCCAGAUGCUAGUACGACUAUUACCUUCAGUGAGACAGGGUAUGUUACCUCCACUUCGACGGCAAUAACGACGGAAACCUCAACAACCACCGAAAUGGCCACCUACCAACCAACCGCGACCUCGACGGCCGUCUGCAACGCACAAAAUCUAAUUAGCCGUGACUCCAACGGCGCGCCCUUAUCACAGAUUACCUAUGAUGCCCCGUUUCAAACGUUCUUCUACACCAAAACGGCGUACGAGUGCUGCACCGCAUGCUUCGACAGGAAAAAUUGUGCCGGAGCCAGUUGGCAAGUGGACCCAAGGGGGAUUUCCUGCUCUUUAGCCAUCUACAAUAGCUGUCCAGAGAAUCAGAAGCUGGCGGCUGGUGACUACAUAUCGGGCGACCCUGAGAUCGUGUUUUCGAAUGGACCUUGUGGUCGCUUCCAGUACAUCGCUGUGGGUUUCGAGGGAGGUUCCUCAUAA